AUGGCUAGCUCUAGCCCGUUCUAUGAUAAACCCUUAAAAGAAUAUCGCGAUAAAAUUACUGUCUGGCAUCCUCAAAUUGAAAUCUGGGGCGCUACUCAAGGAAUGCUAAUUGGAGCACUUUGUGUAGCUGGUUCCAGUUUAUUUAUCCUAGUUCGAAUGCGGCUGUUUUUCAAUCUUUACUCGCAUCACCAUUUUUUUGCAACUGCGAUGCCUUGUAUAGUUUUUCCAACCUUUGGAUAUCUUAUCUUUCAAGACCUGUGCGUCGAUCGGAAAAUUGUUGCUGGACUUAGAUAUCCUGAACUCAGAAAAUCAUUUUGUCCAACUUGUUUCGAAACUCGUGGUUCUCUCAUCCAGACUACGGCUGGUGUAGUUGCACCGCUUAUAUUUUCGUUCGUUUGCUGUGCCGCCUCUUCUUUGUCGUUCAGAACAUAUCCAGUUCCUGAGGUCAACAAAACGCGGAAAGUAUUGAGACUUAUUCGGAAAUCUUGUGGCAGCUUUAAAACAUCCCUAAUCUUCCUUACGGGUGCACAGUUAUUGGCCGGCAUAGGUGAUUACCAUGUAAACGCAGCUAAAAGCUCUCUUAUUUUUGGUGAUCACCUAGAGUCUGAACAAAUUUCUGAGAUAAUCAAGGUUUUAAAUACCUCAGGGAUCGAAACCUCUUUUGUGCCUUUGGAAAAUGGAAUUGAUAAGAGUGAAUCCAUAGUACCAGUUAAAAGACCAAAAUUAGAAGAAAAUGAAUUUGCUUUUACAACUGAUGUUAAUCAGUUGUGCGCAGUUAUUGAGCCCGCAAACUGGUGUUCCAAGGGACAUAAUGUUCCUGCUUUGUGCGCCACUGUGGAACCCUUAUCAAAAAUGAGCUCCUGCAUUUCGGUAUUGGCUAGAUUAAAGCAUUUGCCUAAAGAAUUGGGCCAUUUGAAAAGGGCUUUUGUGAAACAGUCUGGUUCGAAUCGCUGUGGUCGAAUUUUAUUGGGUCUUGCUAGUCAAAAAUUUACAGAAGAAAACGCCAAGGUCCUGGCUUCUCAACUCGCCAAGAAGACAGGCAUCUUGGAGCCAACAGUCGAGUUCUGCUUCGCGCCUCUUUGUCAACCACGUUCAUGUCGACAACAGAAAGCUCUAGCCUCUCUCACAAAGGACAUGGGUGGACUUCGAAGCUGGCCCUUCAACUUUCAUUCAGACCAAAAGCUGGAAUCACUUCUUUCACUUGGCAGUGUGAAGGAUCGGUUAAACGAUUCGGCUAAACCUUACUUCACAGAUGAAGACCGCGAAUGGCAUAAUCACUGGCUAAGACGAGCUGUAAAUCUAUCUGAGAAUGGCUCAGUUGAUGGCACAAACGCUUCUUGUGACCCUGAAAAACCAGACAGUGUUUGCAGCUGUAUCGUAAUCCACGAACCAUCUGUCAAGAAACGUGAUGUAAAUAGUAAUCCAGUUCCCUUAGUUGAAACGACAUCCGAAAAUGCAAAAUCGUAUAUUGACCACGCUCCUAUGCGCGCAGCAAAUGAACUUGGCCGCCUCAACCUCAAACAGAGUGAACGGUACCUACUAACAGACUGCGACGUCUACCUUUCAAUGGAACCUUGCAUAAUGUGUUCAAUGGCACUUCUUCAUUCCCGAGUUGGUAGGGUCUUCAUUGCUAAGCGAUUGUCAUCAAUUGGAGGAAUGCUUAGCCGAUGGAAACUACCCCUAGUCAAAGCCGUCAAUCACCACUUUCUUACAUUCGCCCCUUCCUCAGAAACAACUAAUCAAUAA